AUGGCUCCAAUGGCGACUCAGGUGGUUCCGGGCGGCAAGGACGUCUCGAAGUACCACGCCUCGUCGACCGAGUCCGCCAUCGCGGAGGAGGCCCAGUACGCCGCCCACAACUACCACCCGCUGCCGGUCGUCUUUGCGCGCGCAUCAGGCACCUCCGUCUGGGACCCCGAGGGGAAGCACUAUCUCGACUUCCUGUCCGCCUACUCCGCCGUCAACCAGGGCCACUGCCACCCGGAGCUCGUCAAGACCCUGACCGAGCAGGCCGCAACCCUCACUCUGAGCUCCAGGGCCUUCUACAACGAUGUCUUCCCCAAGUUCGCCAAGUUCGUCACCGAGUACUUCGGCUACGACAUGGUCCUGCCUAUGAACACCGGUGCUGAGGCCGUCGAGACCGGUAUCAAGAUUGCCCGCAAGUGGGGGUACAAGGUCAAGGGCAUUCCGCCAAACGAGGCCAUCAUCCUCAGCGUCGAGAACAACUUCCACGGACGUACCUUCGCUGCCAUCUCCAUGUCUACUGACCCCGAGUCGAGGGAGAACUACGGCCCUUACCUGCCAAACAUCGGCAGUGUCAUUCCCGGCACCAACAAGCCCAUCGUAUACAACGACAAGGAGUCUCUCCGCCAGGCCUUCGAGGCUGCCGGCCCCAAGAUUGCUGCGUUCCUUCUCGAGCCCAUCCAGGGUGAGGCUGGCAUCAUGGUCCCUGACGAGGACUACCUCCGCGAGGCCAAGGCUCUUUGCGAGAAGCACAAUGCUCUCUUGAUCUGUGAUGAGGUUCAGACCGGUAUUGCUCGUACCGGAAAGCUUCUCUGCCAGGAGUGGAGCGGCGUCAAAGCUGAUCUCGUCCUCCUUGGCAAGGCCAUCUCCGGCGGCAUGUACCCCGUCUCCUGCGUUCUCGGACGCAAGGACGUCAUGCUUACUGUCGAGCCCGGCACACACGGCUCCACCUACGGUGGUAACCCACUCGGCUGUGCCAUUGCCAUCCGUGCUCUGGAGAUCAUCCGCGAAGAGAACAUGGUUGAGCGCGCCGAGACUCUAGGACAGCAGUUCCGUGCUGGCCUGAACGCUAUCAAAGACCCUAUGAUCCAGACCGUUCGUGGCAGAGGUCUGUUGAACGCCCUCGUUGUCGACGAGUCCAAGACCAACGGACACACUGCUUGGGACCUGUGCAUGCUGAUGAAGUCCAAGGGUCUUCUUGCCAAACCAACCCACCAGAACAUCAUCCGAUUCGCUCCUCCACUCGUCAUCACCGAGGCGCAGAUCAAGGAAUCCCUCAAGAUCAUCGAGGAGGCUAUCAAGGAGCUCCCAAACUCCCCAAAAUAA